AUGGAGCUCACCGGGUCUCCCCAAGGUCCGUAUUACUUUGGAGAUCUUUGUGGCCUAGCAUUUUAUGGUGUGUUUCGAAGGAGAGGAAUAGAAGGUUUGAAGUUUCUCUGCUUCUCUGUUGCAUUUUUCAUAUGUUCUGGUUUCGAAAUUGAUGGUCAAACUGGGGGAUCAUGUCAGCCAACUAAUAAUACAGUUGCAAAGACCAUUAAUGUAGAUUGGGCUGGCAAUGGAGAUUUCAAAAACAUUCAAUCUGCUAUCGAUACUGUUCCUGCCCCAAACUCUCAGUGGAUUCGUAUUCUCGUCAAAGCCGGGAACUACAGUGAAAAGAUCAAGAUUAAUGCGAGCCAGAGCUGCAUUGCUCUUGAAGGAGAAGGAAUGGACAAGACCUUCAUUCUUUGGGAUGAUUAUGCACACGACAAUAUUUCCACGGUAACAAGUGCCACUUUCACUGUAAGGGCCACAGAUUUUGUUGCCAGAAAGAUAAGCUUCCAGAAUACUUUUCCCCGUAAUGUCCCUACACAGGGAGUUGCAGUUCUGGUUGGUGGUGAUAGGUCUGCAUUUUAUGAAUGCGGGUUUUACGGCUAUCAAGAUACAUUGGCCGAUUACAAAGGGAGGCAUUACUUCAAGGACUGUUACAUUCAAGGGUCAAGUGAUUUUAUUUAUGGCGAAGGGCAAUCCAUUUAUGAGAAUUGUAUGCUGUCUGUAGUUCCCACUCCCACUGCAAAUUCUAAUGGUUAUCUGGCGAUUACUGCUAAUGGACGAGAAUCAACAACAGAUGGUAGUGGUUUCAUCUUUAAAUCUUGUCAAGUGUUUGGUUCUCGUCUGGUUUAUUUGGGCAGAGCAUGGCAGAAAUAUUCAAGGGUUAUAUUUUCAAAGUCGAAUCUGACAAAUGUUGUGGCUCCAGAGGGAUGGAAUUCAUGGAGUUAUGGUGAAGACACACAGUAA